AUGACCUCGGUUACCUCUCGCCAAGCCUUUCGCAGGACAGACAAUUACACCCCAGGCAGCGCCAAAGUGAAGCUCAUCACGGAGGACUUGCCCCUUCCUCUCCACCCAACCGCCGUUCUGAUCAAAGUCCACGCCGUCUCUCUCAACUAUCGUGAUGCCAACAUCGCUAAUGGCGGUAACCCUUGGCCGGUCAUUCCCAAUGGCGUGCCUGGUAAUGAUGCGGCUGGCGAGAUUAUCGCAGUAGGCGAUAGAGUAUCGCUCGUGUCCGUAGGAGACCGAGUAGCCCCGAUCACCGACACCAAAUACGUUAGUGCUCGCUCGACUGAGCGAUCUUGGCUCGCGGCAAAUGAAGAUGGCACCCUCGCAACACAUCUUGUUUUCGAUGAAAGCCUUGUUACGCGGCUUCCUGAACAUUUAGACUGGGUCCAGGCGAGCAUCAUUCCUUGCGCUGGAACAACCGCUUGGUCUGCACUCAAGGGUGCCACCAUGGGUCAAACCGUUCUAAUUCAAGGUACUGGCGGGGUUGCAACUUUUGCUCUGAAGCUCGCCCGAGUGUCUGGCCUCAGGAUUAUCCUGACCUCUUCCAGUGACGAGAAGCUCAAUAAAGUUAAGCAGCAAUUCGGAAAGCCUGAGAUCCAGACCAUCAACUAUAAGACGAAUCCAGAGUGGCAUGAGGAAGUCUUGAAGCUCACCAAUGGCAUUGGUGUCGAUCUUGUUGUUGAGAAUGGCGGCAGCAAUUCUCUCGUCAAGAGCAUGCUAUGCACCCGACGUGGUGGUAUUGUUAGUCAAGUAGGCUAUCUUGGGGGUUCAAAGCCCGAACAUCUGAAGGAAUUCGUUUCCACCAUCAUCGACCGCAGGCUGAAUAUUAGGGGAAUCAACUGUGGCUCUAAAGAUGAUCAGGAUGAUCUCAUGACUGCUAUUUCAGCUUCGAAGAUGACCUUUGAGGAUAUCAUUGACUCAGUAUGGCAAUUUGACAAGUCAGAAGAGGCGAUUGAAUUCGUCUGGCAGGGUAAGCAACUUGGGAAAGUUGUUAUUAAAGUUGGACUGUAA